ACAUAAUAUACGUAAUAUAGACGUCCUGUAUUACUGUAUAUAUUUACAAGAGCUUUACAGUUAUCGCGUCGCAACGUUACCGUGUCCCGUAUGAUCACCAUCAGCAAACCUCAAACAUAAUAAUAUUUUCACUCAUAUACCAAAUUAUACAUCUCUAAAGUCACUCUAUUACAUAACAGUCGACCACACCCCCGUCUAGAACGACUCCACACGGUCCAACGUAAAUUUAUGAUUUUUUCUUCCCAUUAGUAUAUAUAUAUAUAUGUAUAAUAUAUUCACUACACCCAUACGUCGCUGACGGAUCGAAAUAAAACGGACGCACAGCGCGUAUAUAGUAUUACAUUUUAUAUAUUUGAAUAGACUCCUGAAGCAUCACAAACGGCACCGUAUACGAAAAAUCAUACAUUAUCGACGACUGCGAUAGAAACGAUAUAUAGACGGAAAUAAAUUGAUCCAAAAUAUGUGGUAAAUGAUGAGACUACAAGGAGACAUGGAAUCAACCGAUGACGAGCUUGACCAAAGUGUGUUCGAAAACAAAAAUGGCCUAGCUGAUGAUAUGGCGUUCUUGGCCAGUAUGCCCGAAUUAUGUGAUGUAACAUUUUUAGUCGGUGAAACGAGAGAACCAGUGUGUGCUGUAAAAGCUGUCUUAGCUGCAAGGAGUCGAGUAUUCCAUAAAAUGUUAUACCAACCACCGAGCCCUCAAAGAAAAAAAGAAGUUUUACCUAAAGAGACCACAAAACUAAGACGGCCUACAUUUCUUAAACGAAGCAGUGAACCACUUCUCAAUGUAAAAAAUGCCAAUACACAAACUCAAUCCAAUCAACACCAAACAGUCGUAGUUGAUGAAUUCGAACCAGACGUGUUUCGCCAACUCAUUGAAUAUAUACACACUGGUUGUGUAACUUUGCAACCCAGAACAUUAUUGGGAGUACUGAAUGCAGCAGAUUAUUAUGGCCUGGAAGAUCUGCGGAAAGCUUGCACGGGUUUUGUUCAGUGUUGCAUAAAUGUGGACACGGUCUGCGCACUCUUGUCAUCGGCAGAGCGGUAUAUUCAAUACAAAUGUACCAAAAGCCUCGUUCAGAAGGUUUUGGAGUUUGUCGACGAGCACGGAAACGAAGUGUUAAACCUUGGAUCAUUCGCACUAUUACCGCUACACGUGGUCCGGUUGAUAUUAAGCAGAGAUGAACUGAAGGCAGACGAAUUCACUAAAUUUCAGGCCGCGCUUAUGUGGACGAUGAAAUAUGGUGAUACAAAUCCGAAUGUCGACUGGAAAGAAGUUUUUGUGGAAAAUUUCAUGUCGUCCAUUCAAUACCACAAAAUACCGGCUAAUGUACUUAUGAAUGAAGUGGAACCUUUAAAACUGGUUCCAUACGAAGUGAUCAUGACAUCAUUAGCGUAUCAGGCAGACCCCUCCUGUGUCGAUCCCGACAAACUGAAGAGGGCCUUGAGAAUGGGUAAUUAUCAUGGACUGAUGGGCAUCAGUAGUACAAUUGGCACCGUAACGGCUGAAAGAACCAUGUCGGUGCAGAGUUCAGGCACACACCAUGGUUCCAGCUCGACUAUUAGCUCCAUUGGAUCUAGCGAUCUGGUUGGUUCUGACAAAACUUGAUCCGAGAGAACUCCAAGUUCAUAGGCGUGCGCAUUAGCCUUAACCUUGGUUUUAUUUAAACAAACACUUCCAAUUUGUUAUUAAUUGGAUAUUAUUGCGUCUAAUUAAUUAUAAUUAUAAAAUAUUUAUUAACAUUAAACAAUCAGAUUUAUUCUAAUAAAAAGACUGUGAUGGUUACUAAAAUGAAUUUUACUUGAAAAAAAAAUAUCAUAUUAUUAUACAUACAAUUAAUAUUAAAAUUAAAUACAAAAUGUAUUAUUAUUAAGGACCAAUGAUAAUCUAAAGUUACCUUUAACAAUAACGUGAGCGUAAUAUAAUAGUUACAUACAUUUCAAAUCCUAUUUGCGCACGCCUAUGCAUACAAAUAUAUAUAUUGAAUAUAUAUGUAUUCAAAAAUAAAAGCAUUUUAUCAAAAAUGAAUUAACUUGAGAUCCAUAUAAAGUUCGAUUUAAAUUGACUCCAAUCCGAUCGUUCAAAUUCAAAAGAAAUCACCUAUACCAAUGAGAUGUUUAACUAUUUGAAUUAUUUAAUAUACAUGAUACAUUAUUGUACCUACUAUAGGUAUCUUUAAAUCGUUAUGAUAUUUAUAUUCAAAUUCAAUUUUUUCUGUUCUUAAACAUUUUUAAACACUAUAAUAUAUUGUUCGUGCACAGUUUGACAAUUUAGUUUAUUACCUUCUUUUUAAAACUAACGUGUUGAUAAAAUAGCUAUUUGGUUCUUAUUUCAAAUUAAAGACACUAGAUAAUCAUUUAUUCAUGUUGAUUGAUUCUAUUUAAUAGGUACGAUUUUUAGCUUAUGUCAUUUAUCAAAUUAAUAUUUAUUAUGUUUUUAAUAUAUUUUUGAAGCACAAACAUAGAAUUCUAAAAAUAAAUCAAAAAUAGCUUAUGUUUUUUUCAGACAACUUGAAUGUAAUGAUUUUAAAUUGUGUAAAAAAAUACCUUUCAAAAACGUCCAUACUUUUCAGGAUAAUUAGUAUUAACUAAAAAAUCACCCCUUUAUUAAAACUGCCAACUCAAAUUCAUAUAAUUUUUUAUUGAUAAAAUAUUGUAGAAUCCAAUGGAAAAAAUAACUUUGUUAAUUUUAAUUUCAUUGGCAUGUGAUUAUCUUAAUUGUUGCCCACGUUUAUAACUUUAAAGAUUUAUAUUACAUGAUUU